AGUUUUACUUAGAAAAUUAUUAAGAAAAGACGUUGUUGCCUUUAAAAGUGAAUUUUGUUUAUAAAAUGUGAAGAAAUAAUAUUUUGAACAAAACAAAAAUUGUUAACUAAAAAGUAGUAAAAAGUAAUAAAAAUAGCUUAUUUUGUUAAAAUUAACUAGAAAAAAAACGCAAAAAUGACACCACCACCUAAACUAUCGAAUUAUUUAAUGAAUGUUCGCACUAAUUUACAAAAAUCAAGAAAACAACAACAAAUAAAUUACAGCAAAACAUCGCAAACGGACGAAGAGAAACAGCGCGAUCGUCAGCGCUGUGAAAGAGAAGCGAAAAAAGAGGAACAAGACGCGCUAAAUUAUAAGAGAGACAAGGAAAGUCGUGAAGCGCGUUUGUUGGAUUUUGAGAUAAGACGUCAACAGGAACGGGAAAAGAAAAAAGAAGAGCAUAAACAUCAACAACAAGUACAACAACAGCAGCACCAACAGCAACAACAAUCAAGCGAGAAAAGUCCACCCACAACAUCGGGUCAAGCUCAACAACAAUUAGCUCAGCAACAGCAGCAACAAGAACAGGAACAACAGCAACAGCCACAAGAACACCAACAACAAUUGGUGGCAAGUAGUAGUGCACCAACACCUAUAAUCCCGACACCACCAGAUCGUAGUCUACCGCCCGCUUUCCGCAGUCGCUCUAUAGAAAGAGAAAUUAUCUACGAACGAAAACGACAACAUUCGACAGUCGAGGCACUUGAAUUAAAGAAGCCCCUAAGUACCACACCCUCACCACAGGCUAUAAGUAGUUCGACAGCCGCUACUCCAGCACAUCCGACACCAGUCGCUCUUCCACCACCACCAAAACCAGCCACACCCAUAACAUCAGCAGUUGUGGUGGCGGGCCCACCGGCAACAGCAGCAGCUGCUACAGCUGCUAUAAUACCAAUACUACCAUUAGGAGUUGCCACCUUGCGUGAUGACUCCACCGAAUCGGAAGAACAGUCCGUGACAUGUACUCACCAUCAUGCCGAAGCAUGUCAUCGUAUAAUGUGUCGGGCCCCUAUAGCAUCACUCGAUUGCAUGGAGGAGUUCAGUGGUACGGGAGGUCAUCUUGAUUUCGGCCGCUCCAUAAGUCUGGGUUCAAAUCCGGCUUUACCGUUAAGGCCUGGUUCCACUCCCACACCGGGUUUGCGUUACAAGAAUUUGGGCAAGAGUGGUUUACGUGUUAGCAAUGUUGGCCUGGGCACUUGGCCAGUCUUUUCGCCCGGCGUUAGCGAUGACCAGGCCGAAGCCAUACUUAAAUUGGCCAUUGAGAGCGGCAUCAAUCUGUUUGAUAUCUCGGAAGCCCAUUCGGAGACAGAAAUUGGCAAGAUCUUACAGAGGACUGGUUGGAAGCGAACGGCUUAUGUUAUUACCACAAAAGUUUAUUGGAGUACCAAAUCCGAAGAACGUGGCCUUUCACGCAAGCAUAUUAUUGAGUCCGUCAAAGCCAGUUUGCAACGCCUACAAUUACAAUAUAUCGAUAUUGUAAUUAUACAUAAAGCGGAUGCUAUGUGUCCCAUGGAAGAAAUCGUACGAGCUAUGAAUUACAUCAUUCAACAGGGCUGGGCCAUGUACUGGGGUACAGCACGUUGGACUCAGGUCGAAAUAAUGGAAGCCUAUACUAACUGCCGUCAGUUUAAUUGUAUAACACCGAUAGUCGAACAAUCUGAGUAUCAUAUGUUUUGUCGUGAAAAAUGUGAACUCUAUUUGCCGGAAAUGUAUAAUAAAAUCGGUGUGGGCCUAAUGGCUUGGGGUCCCCUUUCGAUGGCAUUGAGUGAUGCUCAAAAUGGUGAGAAGAUAUUUUUGCCAAAGGGCUCGUUCAAAACGAAGAGUCAUUCAUAUUCCUGGACUGAAGAUGAAGUUAAUAGGAAUGCUGCCUUAUCGCCUCAGGGUAGUUGGAAUAAGGAACGCAUGGAAGAAGGUCGCCGCCAUUGUGAUCGUUUAAAGGAUUUAGCUGCUUUAGCCGAGAAGCUGGGUUGUACCCCUACCCAAUUGUCAAUAGCCUGGUCGUUGAAACAUGAACCUGUACAAUGUUUACUAUUAGGUGCCACUUCUGCUGAACAAUUGCAUCAGAGUUUGCAAUCGUUACAGCUACUGCCACGUUUAUCGACCAGUGUUAUGCUAGAAUUGGAACGAAUACUAGAGAAUAAACCGGUGCGACCGCCGAUGAUAUCAACACUGGCACUUCGGUGACAAUCAGCAUGCCCUCAGGGGCCUCCUAGCCUUAGUGGCGGUGUCGCUGGCGGCAGUGGCAUUGGUCCCUGUGGGCAAGACUCACCCAAAAAUGAUGAAGUGGCAGCAUUUUGCGGUGAGGAUGGCGAUGCUAAAGAUGCCUCUAAACAAGGCUUUUGCGUUAUUCAGUGACGAAAGGAGUCCUUAGAUAUUGAUAAUAAAUUUAUAAAAGCAAUUAGUAGUAAAACUAGUUUAAGUAGUACCACAAUGACAACAACAAUAAGUAAACAUGAUUUACAACAACAGCAACAACUACAGCAGCAACAACAACAGCAAUUAAUGCUCAUACAGCAACAACAACAGCAAUUAUUGCAAUUACAACAGCAGCAGCAACAGCGUUUUUCUCAAAAUACUACAUACAGUUUGGACAAUACAAUCACAGCAUCAGUGGGUUCAGUGGCCACUGCGGCCACUCAACGACUAGAUAGUAUAACAACAACAACUUUACCCAAUACCAUACAAAUCGAUACAUUAAAUAAUAAUUUAGAAAAUGAUUUCAAUACCACAUUAACCUUGCGUUCACACGCCCACAAUAAUAACAAUGGUGAUGUGGGCGAGGCCCCACCCCCUAAGAUACCCAAAAAGCGUUCUCUUUUAAAUUUUAAAUCUUUCGAUUUUCAUAUUAAAUCUUUAUAUAGUGGUUUACGUAAUGGUUCUUCCAAUCAAAAUAAAUCCCAUUCACAAUCUACCAAUUUAAUGGCGGCCGAUGGUGGUGGGGAUCGUGGUGUCGAGGGUGUGGGAAAAAUUUUAACAGCUGGCAUUAAUGCCAAUGGUAGUGAGUUGAAUAUUAAUGAACUGCAUCAGCAUAUAGUACAUCAACCCUAUAAUCGCAUGCCUCCCUAUUUGAAAAUCGAAUCGGUUGAUAAUGAAGAAUCGGAGAAUUUAUUAAUCGAUUAUCCACAAUCGCCAUACUCGUCACGUCGCAACAGUUCUAAUGACGAUAAUCGUUCGAGCAGCCAACUGAUACAUCUCACCGGUGAUGGUGGGACCGAUGACCGCCAUCACCUGCAACAGCCAACACCACAUCGCUACGAAAUGUCGCGUUCACAGGCCAGUUCUCCAUCCCCGUACUAUCUAUCGCCGCAUGCUUUUGCAUCAUCUUCCCAGAAUAUCAGACGUUCGUCUACAUCGGACAUAAUGUCCGGUAGUAAACGCAGCGCCUCCUCGUCGACCAGCAACAGUCGACGGCCGAGUACUUCGGAUCUAUUGCGUAAGGCACGAGAACGUCGUGGUAGUGAGAAUCGUAUGGGACGCAGUGUUUCGCAUGGCGGUUUGCCGCGUGGUGGCGGUAGUGGUGGUGGUGGAGGAGCUUUUCGUGUGGGACCCGGUGUAGGUGGUCGACGUACGAGUAUGGCAUUCUAAUACUUCCUAUCCCAUCACUCUCUGUAUCUCACUCCCUCUCCCGUUUAACCACUCCAAACUGUUAUAAAGAAAUGUAGUAUCUAUAUUGAAAUUUAAAAAAGAAAAUCCAUUAAACUUUUGAGAAAAACAUAACUUUUUUGUCAAAAACAAGAAUAUUAGUCAUAAAUAAUUACAACAACAAUAUACUCGUAAUAUUUGAAAAUCCCCAAAAAAAAAGGUAAGAUUAAAAACUUACAAAAUAAAGUGCUUAUGAUUCGUUUAUUUUUUAUUCAAUAAAAAACAAAUAUUUCAAAAAAAUUAUUAUAAUAAAAAUUUAGUCAAAUUUAUAUAAAAAAUACGAAGCAUUAAUAAAAAAAAUUAAUAAAAAAACUUCUUCUUAAGCUUUAAAAGUAAUUAAUGAAAUAAAUUAAUAAAAUUAAAAAAAAAUAAUAAAACAAAAUUUUUUGUAGUUAAGUAAGUUUAAAAACAAACUUUAAAAAUUUGUAAAACUUAAAUUAUAAAAAAGGUAAUAAAAAAAAUUAUAAAAUUUCCAAAAAAAAUAUAUAAAAAUUUCUUAAAAAAAGAAACAUAUAGUUGUUUAGACCUUUAUAUUUAAACAAAAAAAAAAAAGAAACUCAAUCAUAUAAUUAGUUUCGUUUCAUUUUAUCUCCUAAAAACUAAAAGCUUUCAAGACAAUAUUCAUUCUUACAUAUUUAUACAUACAUACUUACAUAUACUCGUAUAAUCUCUCCCCCUCCCCCUUUUAAACUUUAUAUACAAUCAAAAUUAACCAUUUACAUAAUUUUCAAAAUAUAUUAAAACUAUAUUAAACAAAAAUAAAAAAAAAUUAUUGAGAUAAAACUACUAAAUAAGAUGCUUAGCAUUCCGAAUAUUUUAUAGAGUUCAAUACAUCAUUGAAAAAAGCUAUAAAAGCAGUUAUUUUAUUUUCUAAAGUUGUAUUUAUGUUGCAAUUUAAGAAUUUUCAAUUGAGGUUUUGAAAUAUUAUUGUAAUUUUUAUAAACGUACUAGCUGUUCGUGGACCCUUCACCGGAAUACUUUUCACGACUCACGGAAAGUUUGACCAAUUAGUUGAAGUACUUAUAUAGUGAGUUUAUCGAUUAGGAACAAACACUACUCAUUUAUUUACGUAUAUUUACAUAUAUAG